CGCUGCAAUACCCUUUGUCAAGGGCGUCAUUUAUUUUCGUUUCACAGGAUGAUUACUUAAAGUUGAAGCUUGACCUCUACCGGGUGAGCGAGCGAUUCAAGAAAUCUAUCGCGUCUAUUGAGGAUGUUGUCACUGGUGCGGGUAUAUCAAGUAGUCCUCAAGCUGCCUCUUUUGCUUGAGACUCUCGAAGGCGUCCAGUGCGAACACAAGGAGCACAAGAAGUUUAUAGAUGAAAUUUAUACCAAGCCUUUCCAGACUGUCAACGAUAAUCUCGUCAAAUAUGGCGAGAUGGUCGGGUCGACGCUAGAUCCCGAAGAACUCGAAAAUCAUAAUUACGCGAUCAAGCUUGGCUAUGAUGAGCGUCUGCAAGCUCUGGCAGAUAAACUUGUGGAGAUCCGAGAUAGUCUUGAUGCCGAAUAUCGUGCAACCGGCAAGGAUCUUGAUCUUGAUCUCGACAAGAAGCUGCACCUUGAGAACUCCCAGAACUAUGGAUACUGCUUCAGGUUGACAGAGAAUGACGCGAAAGUCAUUGUGCGGAACAGUAAAUAUAUCGAACUCGGGAGUGUCAACUUCAAGACCAAGAAGCUGAAAGCACUUUCCAUGGACCAUCAAGAGACGACGCAUGAACAUCAGUGGACACAGGGUGGGUUGGUGAAGGAAGUUGUCAGCAUUGCAUAAACAUAUACGCCCGUACUAGAGAAUCUUGACCACAUCAUUGCACACCUAGACGUUAUCCUCAGUUUCGCUUAAACACUCCUGAGCCAUACGUGAAACCAAAGGUCCUG